GGGACUGGGAAUGGUUCAAGUCUGGUACUGAGGGCUGAUGGUCUUGCUGGGCAGCUGGGCGGCCCCUGUGUGGCCCUGGAGGUGAGGCGGGUGGGCUCCAGCUGGACUCCACGGCUCUCCCAGGCCUGGUGGCCUCUGCAGGCAGUGUCCAUCCCAUGAGCCUUCCCUCACCGGCCUUGCCCUGCUCUAGGGAGCGUCCCCACCUCUGUAAGUGCUGAUCCCAGGUGGGGGUUAAUGGUACGGCCACUGUCCACUUGUGCCCAUCCAUGCCCAGGGAAGUCCGUGAGCUUGAGCCUAAACUGGCACCCAUGUGUUGCCUGGGGCCAUGCUGCCCUGCCCCCUUUGCACCUCCUACCCCUGUCCUGGCAGUGACCCUGAAGAGACUUAGUAGCCAUGAGCCUUGCGGAGUCUUUCCCCGACGCCAGGAAAGACCGCCUAGGUUGCACCCCUCUCUGCUCCCCCAGGGAGCAGCCCCCUGAGGUGCCCUCGGGCUCCACCCUCCCAGCUCUUCUGCAGGGUGGCUGAAGAGUCCACAGGGGGCAGCUACUGCCCCAUCCUCCGGAGCUCCUUGCGGGGGACACUGUGCCUGGGAGGCGUGGAGCCCUGGAUGCCUGAGCCAGCCCCCGGCCCCAGCACUCACUACGACCUGUCCAGGGCCAGGGCUGCCCUCUUCCUGGCUGUGAUCCAAGACCGGCCUGGGGCCCAGCAUGAUGUGGAGGCACUGAGGGGGCUGUGCCAGGCCCUGGGCUUCGAGACCACCCUGAGGACGGACCCUACCGCCCAGGCUUUCCAGGAGGAGCUGGCCCAGUUCCGGGAGCGGCUGGACACCCGCAGUGGCCCUGUGAGCUGUGUCCUUGUGGCCCUGAUGGCCCAUGGGGGUCCACGGGGGCAGCUUAUGGGGGCUGACUGGCAAGAGGUGCACCCAGAGGCACUGCAGCGGGAACUGAGCCACUGCCGGGCAUUGCGGGGCUGCCCCAAGAUCUUCCUGCUGCAGGCCUGCCGUGGGGGGAACAGGGACGCUGGUGUGAGGCCCACAGCUCUCCCCUGGUACUGGCGCUGGCUGCAGGCACCUCCCACCAUCCCUUCCCAUGCAGAUGUCCUCCAGAUCUACGCUGAUGCCCAGGGCAGCGCCUCCAAGGGCUCCCCUCCAGGCAGCUCUGACCAAGCAGACAUCCUGACGGUCUAUGCAGCUGCCGAGGGCUAUGUGGCCUAUCGGGAUGAGAAGGGCUCAGACUUUAUCCAGAUGCUGGUGGAGGUCCUCAGAGCCAAGCCAGGGGGAGACCUCCUGGAGCUACUGACUGAGGUCAACAGGCGAGUGUGUGAGCAGGACGUGCUGGGCCCCGACUGCGACGAGCUUCGCAAGGCCUGCCUGGAGAUCCGCAGCUCGCUCAGGCGCCGGCUCUGCCUGCAGGCAUGAGGGCCCCACAGCCAGCUGGAGCGUGCUGAGAGGGCGGCCAAACCCCAGCGUCACCAUCAACCCAGUCCACUCUGUCUGCUCAUCUGUAAAUGGGGCCUGGCAGCCCGGGGCCGGCGCUAGCUGGCAGGCAAUAAACAUCUGUUCAUGCUGUGCUCGGGAACAGGGCCUGCUCUCAGGGACGUGCGAAAAAGGGGAAAUGGUGUAUGUAAAGUACCUGGCGC